AUGGAGAAACCACAUGGCCAUACACGGCGCAUCUUUAGACCUGACCUCAAGCGGCGUCGUCCGCCUUUGGCCUGCAUCCAGUGCUACAGCAGGAAGAUCAAGUGUAGUCGGGAGUCGCCAGCUUGCGGUAGGUGUAUCAGGGCUGGCAAGGGCCACGAAUGUGCCUACCGCAACGAACCUUCGGAUGACCAUCCUCCUGCGCAGAGCAGGCCCAGUCCGCGACCUUUGGUAACAGGACCAACCCACGAUGGGGCCACGUCACCCAAGCACACCCGCUACCUUGCUCCGAGGUCAGUGGAGGGAAGAAUGGCGCAUCUGAAAGGGCCCGAGACGUCCACCAAGUUUUAUGGGUUCAGCUACCCUCUAAACUUGUACCAGCAGUUUCCUGAGCUCCGAUGCUACAUCGCAAAGGUCAAGAACCAGCAUCCGGCCAUCAACCAGCUCCGGGACGAGAUCUAUGGGACGACAACCAGUCUGGGACCACGGCAACAGCAAUGCCCGAGCCAACUAAGGAUUGCAGAGAACUUCGAGACUCUUGUUCCCACUCGUACUGUCGCAGACAUGCUAGUUCAAACCUACAUGGAUCGGUUCGAGGUCAUCCACCGUGUUGUCCACACCCCGACCUUCAUGGGCGACUAUUGUGGCUACUGGAACAAGACCCGCCUCGUGUCGGCCACUUUCCUUGCGCAGCUCCUUCUCAUGAUGGCCUCAGCAUCGAGUCUGCAUCCCGAGACAGCGUUCAACGGUGGAACCGACAUGAACCCAAGCCGCAGGUGUAUCCUGCGCUGGAUCGAGGCGGUCGAGUCAUGGUUGAUCCCGCUGGCGUUCGAACCGGCACCGGAUUCAACGUCCACAUUGACCACGCACUGUCUCCUCAUCCUGGCCAAACGCGCCAAUUCUGUCCACGAGAGCACUUUGUGGUCGUCUACGGGAUCACUGGUCCGGAGGGCUAUGGCGGCGGGAUAUCAUCGCGAAGUCGAUUCCGCCACGCACGUCUCGCCAUUUAAUCGGGAAAUGCGACGGCGCUUGUGGGCGACGGUCACCGAGCUCGACCUGCAGGCGUCCAUUGAUCGAGGUAUGACCCCCAGUAUCAGACCAGGCGACUUCAACACGAACGUGCCCCUCAACGUCGAGGAUGAGGCGAUCCAAGAUUCGACCGAGGAAAUGUUCGCUCCUCUGCCGCUGGAUACGUGGACAACCACCUCGUGUCAGGUCCUUCUGUAUCAGUCCUUCAUGGCUCGGUUGGAGGUUUGUUGCCUCGUAAACGGGUCGCAGGAUCGGGACAUGUUCGACGAGGCCUUGCAGUUGAGCGACAAGUUGGCCCGAGCCCUUCAGGAGAUUCCGGCCUGGAGAGGCACUGGCCACAGUUUGCAAGACCUGCAGACUAUCACAUACGUACGGGGCGUGGUGAGUAUCGUCCUGAAUCUGUUCCUGGUCGUGCUACACGUCCCGAUGGCGAUUAAGACUCCUCCGACAUGGAAGGUCCACGUCUCUCGUCGCGCCCGCCUCGAUGCCGCCCUCGGGAUUCUCAUUCACCAUCGGCGGCUGGUCGACGACGGCAUCGUCCCGGACUGUGCGUGUCGGCCCGGACUGGUCCUGGGCGCUCUCAACCUCUGCCACGAGCUGUAUCUAAGUUGGAACACCUCUUCAGGAGGCUCGCACACGCCGGCUUUGACGUCGCCAGAGAUUGCCCUGGCUCAUCUGAUGGUGGUCGAACGAGCGUUGCAACUCCUGCACGGACCCGUGGCGACGACGCUGGAAGGCCUGAACGAAUACUACGUUCUGGCCAUGGUCAUUGGACUCAUCAAGUCCAAGAUCUGCCCACAACUGACAGCCUCGGCCGAACAGGACGCAGCUCAACAGGUCAUCCACCUCUGUGAGAAGGUCAAGUCUGCCCUACCCACCCUCUGCGUUGACGACGCCGAAGACACGUCCGCCUUCAGACGUACCCAACCCGGGCAGUGUAACCAGGGGAUCGCCUCUCCGGGUCUUUCUGACCGCGUCGACUGCUUUCUUCCCAUGGUCGGUGUAACCCCGGAGAUGGGGUUCCUUAAUCGUGUGAAUCGCCUUUUGCUAAUGUUCCCUGAUAGUUCCCGGACGAUUUGGGCUUUCUGCACAGUGAUUUCCUCCUCGAAGACGCUCACACGGGGUUUAACAUGGUACUGUGAGAGCUAAAAUAAGCUGAGAGGAACUUUCGUCCCCCAAGGCAGCGUUUUGAGCCCUAAUACUCGUACUGCAAGCUAAACCAGCUAUUUUUCUUCUACUCGUAACAAUCGAUACUCAUUUAGCUUGACAUUAGGUAGUUAGCUUAGUUACUAAAUUAUGAAGAUAGUCUCUAGCAUUCAAGUAAGCUCAAUGAAGAAUAAUGAGUAAUAAAGUAGAAAGAGUAAAUAGUCAUAAAAG